UCAUUUCCGCCAAGCAGAAAAUGGCUAAGAAUCCUACCAUUCCUUGGCUCAUAGCACCAUCUCUCUUCCUCUUCCUGACUCAUGGCAUCCAGUGUUUCUUCUUGCCCAAUGCCACCCAUUUGGAAAGCAUCCUUAAUCAAUACCAAGGUGGGCAACCACACUCAAGGGCCAAGAGAUCAAUUUCCAGAAAUGACCGAGAUGAAAUCCUAAUGCUUCAUAAUAAAUUGAGAGGUGAAGUCUACCCUUCAGCAUCCAACAUGGAAUACAUGAGAUGGGAUGAAGAACUGGAGAGAUCGGCCGAAUCUUGGGCUCACCAAUGCAUCUGGGACCAUGGACCUGCCAGCCUCCUGCCAUCCAUCGGCCAGAAUUUGGCUGUUCACUGGGGAAAGCAUCGUUCUCCUGGUUUCCAUGUCCAGUCUUGGUACGAUGAAGUAAAAGAUUAUACCUACCCAUAUCCCCAUGAAUGCAGCCCUUGGUGUCCCGACAGAUGUACAGGACCCAUGUGCACACAUUACACACAGAUGGUCUGGGCUACAACCAACAAAAUUGGCUGUGCUAUUAAUGUCUGCAAGAGGAUGGACGUAUGGGGCGAAGUGUGGGAAAAUGCAGUGUAUUUGGUCUGCAACUAUUCUCCCAAAGGCAACUGGAUUGGAGAAGCCCCAUAUAAAAAUGGCAGAUCGUGUUCUGAAUGCCCACCAAGCUAUGGAGGAGGAUGCCGGGCUAACCUCUGUUAUAAAGAAAAAGUAGUUGAAAAACCUGAGACGGAUCGGGCAAAUGAAGUGGAGAUACAAAAGGUUCCUGACAGAAUACAGCCCAAAUCUGUAAAACCUGCAAAGGAAAAGAAACCCGCGGAGGUGACCUACAUGACCCAGGUGAUCAAGUGCGACACCAAAAUGAGGGAUACAUGCCGAGGAUCCACAUGCAACAGGUAUCUGUGUCCAGCUGGCUGCUUGAACAGUAAAGCAAAAGUAUUUGGAUUCCCCAACUACGAAAGUGCUUCCAGUAUAUGUCGAGCAGCUAUUCAUUCUGGAGCAUUAGAUAAUAGAGGAGGCUUAGUAGAUAUUACUAGGAAAGGAAGAUCAGACUUCUUUGUAAUGUCUCUAAGAAACGGCGUUCGGACACUCAGCAAACACAAGCCUUCCAACGGUUUUGCUGUGUUGAAGGUUACAGUGCAGACUUUGGAUUGUUACACCACAGUAGAGGAACUGUGUCCAUUCAAGAAACCCACCACUCAUUGCCCAAGGUCUUACUGUCCAGCUUACUGCAAAAAUGAACCAAACCACUGGGCUACAGUAUAUGGCACAAACAUAUAUGCAGAUAAUUCCAGCAUCUGCAAAGCUGCUGUGCAUGCAGGAGUCAUUGGAGACAGUUCCGGCGGUUACGUAGACGUGAUGCCGGUUGAUAAGAAGAAAGUCUACAAUGGAUCUUUGAGGAACGGGAUCCGAUCUGAAAGCUUAAAGAGUCCCAGGGAAGGAAAAGCUUUCCGAAUCUUUGCAGUGAGGCAAUAAUUUUUCCAAGACGGCGGGACUCUUUGUGGAAAGAGACUGCAGCAUUGGGUGCUUCUCCUGGGGUGAGAGAGGUUUGCCCCAACUUGGACCACGAUGAAGCCCUCUAAACUCAUCUUCUUUUGGAGAAAAGAA